CCCCGACUCAAAAUUCGAACGUCAACUCGCGUCAAGCAACGCUGUUUUAAAAUGGAAUAACUGUUUUAUUUAUACCUUACACAUUUUUUGAAGCGAUAGUUAACAUUCACAAACCGCCUGGUGAUAUACUCGUGCUGGUAAGUCCAACUUUACGGCACACUGCAGACGGCUUGUUGGAUAACGUGAACGCAAUGGCCAGAGAACGGGCCCAGAAGAAGUCCUUUCAGCAGAGUCUGGAGGACAUUAAGGAGAAGAUGAAGGAAAAGAGAAACAAACGGCUGGAGAGUGCCUCAGCUCCCAACAGAGGAAGGUUAAAGAAAAACAACACAAACAGUGUGGUUCAAUCUGCCAGCACCCUCCUGCUCGGGGUCCAGCAGAACAACAAGCUGCUGGCAGUAGCUCUGCAAGCUGAAAAGGAAAAGCUGGGUCAUGCUAAUGUAGUGAUCCUGCAGCUGAAGGGGGAGCGACAGGCCCUGUUCCUUCACCUCAUUCUGCUCAAGAGGAAGCUCAAAGAACAGGAAGCUGCAGCUUCAGAGACUUCAACCGUUGCUGAAACCAAGUACCAUGUGGAUUCACCAGGGAGAAAGCGGAGCAGCCAGAACCUUGAAAAGCCCAGUGUGGUUAAAGCCUCACCACUUUGUACAGACCCUCGGCCCUCUAAGUGGAAUGCACAAUCUGAAAGUCAGGUUACCUUGCCAUCUUCGGUAGUUGUGAGGCGAGGCCAUGCGGAUAGAGCAAGAAGGAGGAGGUCUGAGUGUGUGCAAGAAAACUUGUCCCACGUUGCAGGCUUGGAUACUUUGAUUGCAAGUCCAAUUCGCAGUGAUGUUGAAAAUACAAAUCAGCCACAGCACGAACCAGAGCCAGAUUUAGCGGACCCCGUUGACACUGUGGAGUUUCAGCAUUCUACUCCUGAACCUGUCCCACCAAAGGAAAACAACCAGCAGCGUCAAGGCAGAAAAAGAGCUCAGCAGACGCCCUCCACAAAACCAGAACCUGCUGCACAGAAACCAGAGAGAGGCCGCAAAGCAGACCGGGCCCCGUUAAAGAAACCUUGGGACAACCCCAAACCCAGAACUCGCUCCAAGAGUCGGGACCGGUCAGCAACAAGGGCCAAAACAGGACCUCUGUCACAAGGGAAUAAGCUCAACACCUCACUGGGAUUUAACGACACGUUUGACUUCGACUGUGAAGAGGCGGUUCAUGUCACACCGUUCAAGGCCAAGGCCGGGGACAACCAGUCGUCCACGCCUGUCGGGGAGGAGACUCCACAAACUGAAGCUCUACCUAUGGUUUCCAAACAGGAUGAGUCCAGCUCUUCUUCGUCAUCUUCUGAAUCAGAGGACAGCCUUUAUGUCCCUGAGAAGACCAAACGGAGACAGCCUUCACCUGACAAGUCCAAAAAGAUUACCACUCGAAGAGGGCGGGCCUCUGAAGUCAUCAGGCAGAAGAAAAGCGUCCCUUUGCAACAGGAGAUCUCUGUUUUCAGAGACGAGGCUGCAGAGCCUGAGGUGGAAGAAGCUCCUCACUCCCCUGACUGCAGCUUAUUUAACAGCCCUGACCCAGCCAUCUUGAGACAGGAAAAUAACCGUGAACCUCUCCCAGGGGUUAGUGAGAAGGAUUGUUUGCCGUCUGUCAGCCCUCUGGUUAAAGAGGAGAUGAAGAGGAUAAACAGCGUCCUGUCCAGUUUUGGAGAUUCCUCCGGGGAAGGUGCUCCUCUUUUACCCCACACAACGCUCAAGACAUGCAAGAAGCGUGGGCUUGGUGUAAGGACAGCAGGGCGGGGCUUGAGUCUGUGUGAUGUGACCAAUAUGUCCCCUGCAGCCUAUCGCCCGUUCUCCAGGAUCUCCGAGGCCCUCUGCUCCACUCCUGUUCCUGCUCCUGCUCGCAAGAGGCGCUGCACCAUCGUCGUGGACUACAAGGAACCCACCAUAAGUGGGAAACUUCGGCGCGGAGAUAAGUUCACCGACCUGCAGUUCCUCCGCUCUCCUAUUUUCAAGCAGAAGUCUCGCAGGACGUCUGUGCCGAAGUCAAGGAAUUCAAAUAAUGGCCAGUUGAGAAAUGCAAUGGGUCAUUUGUUGAAUUAAUAGCUUUCACAAGUGAUCAUUUGGUUUUUCCCUCAAGGUUAUUUCUUUACUGUGAUCAUUUUCAGAUGUUAUUUUAUUGACUUUGUUUGCUGCAAAACAAAACACAUUUUAAAUUCUACUUUUAAUCUCUAGCUAAAUGUAUUAAUGGCUUUUUUAUAAUGAUUUUUAUUAAAACAUCCUGAUUAAAGUAAUAUUAUACUGUGACCGUGUUAAGGCAUUUUAUAACAUACUGUCAAAUGAACUUUGCAUGUGUACAUACUAUACUAUGACAUUUUAAGUUAACUUACGAAAUACUGUGAGCUUUUUUUCAGAAUUUUAUGACAGACUACACAAUGUAUUUUUUCUGAAUUGUAUGUCAUACUAUACUACGGGAUUUUAUUUUACAACUAUGACCUUUUAAAUGAACUUACGAUAACUAUACUACGGCAACUAUACUAUGAAUUUUACUAUUACUAUUAAACUAUGCUGUAAACCAUCAUCACUGCGAUCAUUUAGCAUUGUUAAACAUUUAUUACAUUAAAAUGUGUUCCUGAUGUGACCUGUUAGAAUCCAGUGGAAAGAG